AGCAACGUUUGGCUGGAAGCGACCGAGAUCCAACUCCAUUCUAAGAGCCAUUCCAUUCCCCCAGUCAAGAUCACACACGAUACCAUGCGUCUCUCAAUUUUUGGCCUGCUGCUGCUGCUGUUGACGGUUUGUCUGCAUUCCGCCACCUCGGAUGUCUCUCAGCUGGUACGCUCUGGUAAUGGCUUCGUCUACGACGUGCCCAAGGUCACCCAGCUGGAGCUGGAGGUCAGCAAUGAGUUCCCCACGGGCGAGGAGUUCCCCCAGGACGCCAUACCUGUGGCCCCAUCCGACGCAGAGCUGGGCCAGGCCGAAGAGCCAGCAGAGGAAUCCCAGCCAAUAUCCGCCUCCAGUAGUAAAAGUGCCAGCAGCAUUCACGGCUACAAGUACCAGGUGCCCAGCAGGCGAUUCAAGAGCUGAGCGAUACCCUACCUUGUUUCCCCUCGAAUUUGUACCAAAGUUUUCUGUAUAAAGAUAAUAAAAUUGAA